UGCCCCGCCGGCGGGGCCCGGGCUCCCCGCGGCGGGAUGUUCUCCCGAAGGAGCCACGGAGAUGUGAAAAAGUCCACGCAGAAGGUGCUGGACCCCAAGAAGGACGUGCUGACUCGCCUGAAGCACCUGCGGGCGCUGCUGGAUAAUGUGGAUGCAAGCGAUCUUAAGCAGUUUUUUGAGACCAACUACUCUCAAAUAUAUUUCAUCUUCUAUGAAAAUUUUAUAACACUGGAAAAUAAUUUGAAGUCAAAAGGGAAUAAUAAGUCACAAAGGGAGGAGCUGGACUCCAUCCUCUUUCUUUUUGAGAAAAUACUGCAGUUUCUACCUGAACGAAUUUUCUUUCGAUGGCAUUACCAGAGUAUAGGCUCAACUUUAAAGAAGCUUCUACACACUGGAAAUUCUAUUAAGAUAAGAUGUGAAGGAAUCAGACUGUUUCUUUUGUGGCUUCAAGCACUUCAGACAAACUGUGCAGAAGAGCAGGUGCUGAUUUUCGCUUGCCUGGUGCCUGGUUUCCCAGCGGUCCUGUCAUCCAGGGGACCCUGCACACUGGAGACACUCAUCAACCCUAGCCCUAGUGUAGUUGAUGCAAAAAUAUACCCAGAAGAAAUCACCCCACUUCUGCCAGCCAUACCAGGGGAGAAGAUUGCUGAGGACCAAACCUGCUUUUUUCUUCAAAUACUGCUGAAAUAUAUGGUUAUUCAGGCUGCAAGUUUGGAAUGGAAGAAUAAGGAGAAUCAAGAUACUGGAUUUAAAUUUCUUUUUACAUUGUUUCGAAAGUAUUAUCUUCCUCAUUUGUUUCCAUCAUUUACUAAGUUAACCAAUGUCUACAAACCUGUACUUGAAAUCCCCCAUUUGAGACCAAAGCCAAUAUAUGUUACUGUAACCCGAGAUAAUGAAACAACUUACAGUACAAAAAUUCCAUACAUGGCAGCGCGUGUUGUUUUCAUUAAAUGGAUUGUAACUUUCUUUUUGGAAAAAAAAUAUCUAACUGCAACACAAAACACUAAAAAUGGAGGUGAUGGAUUGCCUAAAAUCAUCCAGACUGGUGGUGGUGGUGCAGCCCAAGAAAAGGUGCCAGAGCUGGAUGGUGCUGGGUCUACAGAGCAGGACAAAAGCCAUUCUAACAGCAGCACCUUGUCUGACCGAAGACUCAGCAACUCCAGUCUUUGUAGCAUUGAAGAAGAGCAUCGAACAGUGUAUGAAAUGGUGCAACGGAUCCUCCUGUCAACACGGGGUUAUGUGAAUUUUGUGAAUGAAGUAUUUCGACAGGCAUUUUUGUUGCCUUCCUGUGAGAUAUCUGUAACAAGAAAAGUAGUUCAAGUAUACAGGAAGUGGAUCCUCCAGAACAAACCCGUGUUCAUGGAGGAACCAGAUAAAAAGGAUGUUGCCCAAGAAGAUGCUGACAAAUUAGGACUUUCAGAGACUGACUCCAAGGAGGCCUCGUCUGAAAGUUCUGGCCAUAAACGGUCAUCCAGCUGGGGACGUACAUAUUCCUUCACAAGUGCCAUGAGCAGAGGAUGUGUGACAGAGGAGGACAACACAAAUGUGAAAGCUGGGGCCCAAGCCAUGUUGCAGGUCUUUCUUACAAAUGCUGCGAAUGUCUUUUUGCUGGAGCCGUGUGCGGAGGUCCCCAUGCUCCUGAGAGCACAAGUGGAUGCUUGUAAAGCUGUGCUGAUUAUUUUUCGGCGUAUGAUAAUGGAACUCACAAUGAAUCAAAAAACAUGGGAGCAGAUGUUGCAAAUCCUUCUCAGGAUAACAGAAGCUGUCAUGCAGAAGCCAAAGGAUAAGCAUGGAAAGGACUUGUUUGCCCAGAGCUUGGCAGGGCUGCUCUUCAGGACACUUAUCGUGGCUUGGAUCCGAGCAAACCUCUGUGUGUACAUUUCUCGGGAGCUUUGGGAUGACUUUCUAGGUGUGCUGUCGUCCCUCACAGAGUGGGAGGAGCUCAUCACCGAGUGGUCAAACAUCAUGGACUCUUUGACAGCGGUGCUCGCAAGAACUGUGUAUGGAGUUGAAAUGACAAACCUACCUCUAGAUAAAUUAAGUGAACAGAAGGAGAAGAAGCAGCGUGGCAAAGGUUGUGUUCUAGAUUCCCAAAAAGGGGCUGCUGUGGGUAGAUCCUUUUCUCUCAGCUGGCGUAGCCAUCCAGAUAUGACAGAGCCAAUGAGAUUCAGAAGUGCGACCACAUCUGGAGCACCAGGAGUUGAGAAGGCCAGAAAUAUUGUUCGUCAAAAAGCAACGGAAGUGGAGGAAUUCCAGCAGGCAGAGAGUACACCCACAGCCGACUCUGAUUAUCUUGUGGUGGGACAGCAGCAGGUCCCCCGGAGCAGCAGCACCUCUGACAUCACUGAGCCUUUGUGCUCAGAUUCUUCUCAAGGUCCAAAGGUAGAAAAUUCACAGAAUUUGAGCUCUUCAGAACCCAGAUCUCUUCAAGAGAGUAAAGAACAUGUGAAACGAGAACAUGAAGGAAUAACAAUCUUGGUUCGAAGGAGCAGCAGUCCUGCUGAGCUGGAUCUGAAGGAUGAUUUACAGCAGACACAAGGAAGAUGCAGGGAGAGACUAAAGAGUGAAAGUACUGGUAGCGACACAGCUUUGGGCUCCAACAAUGAGACAGAGCUACCCAUGAGCCCAUGGCAGACUUGUGACGAGGACCCAGAACUCCACACUCCCACAGAUGUUGUGCCAGACUCUGAUGCCCGCCACUGGUUACAACUGAGUCCUACUGAUGCUUCAAACUUAACAGACAGCAGAGAAUGUCUUGCAGACGACUGUAGUAUAAUUGCUGGAGGGAACCUCACUGGUUGGCAUCCAGACUCCGCUGCUGUGUUAUGGCGAAGAGUCUUGGGAAUCCUUGGGGAUGUGAAUAAUAUCCAGUCCCCGAAGAUCCAUGCCAGGGUUUUUGGCUAUCUCUAUGAUCUGUGGUACAAGCUGGCCAAGAUACGAGACAAUCUAGCGAUAAGCCUGGAUAACCAGUCCUCUCCGUCUCCUCCACUCUUGAUCCCACCACUCAGAAUGUUUGCAUCAUGGCUAUUCAAGGCUACAACUCUGCCAAAUGAAUAUAAGGAAGGCAAACUGCAAGCCUACAAACUGAUCUGCGCCAUGAUGACCAGACGCCAGGAUGUUCUGCCAAACUCGGAUUUCCUGGUGCAUUUCUACCUUGUGAUGCACCUGGGAUUAAGCAGCGAGGACCAGGAUGUCUUAAACACUAUUAUAAGGAACUGUUCACCCCGCUUUUUCUCCCUGGGUUUGCCUGGUUUCUCAAUGCUGGUUGGGGACUUUAUCACUGCUGCUGCCAGGGUCCUCAGUACAGACAUGUUGGCGGCACCCCGGUCAGAAGCUCUCACUCUCCUCGGCUCCCUCGUCUGCUUCCCAAAUACCUACCGGAAGAUCCCUCUGCUGCAGUCAGUGCCAGAAGGGAGUGAGGUCGGCACAGGAACUGAAGAUAUCAAGCAUUACCUCAUAAAUAUUUUACUGAAGAAUGCUACCGAGGAACCAAAUGAAUGUGCAAGAUGCAUUGCCAUUUGCUCCCUCGGGGUCUGGAUCUGUGAAGAGCUUACACAGUGUGCCAGCCACCCUCAGGUGAAGGAUGCCAUCAAUGUGAUAGGUGUAACUUUGAAGUUUCCUAACAAGAUUGUGGCUCAGGUAGCCUGUGAUGUUCUUCAGCUGCUGGUUUCCUACUGGGAAAAGCUUCAGAUGUUUGAAACUGCUCUACCGCGAAAAAUGGCCGAAAUCCUUGUGGCCACAAUAGCAUUUCUUUUACCAAGUGCUGAGUACUCCUCAGUGGAAACAGAUAAAAAGUUUAUUGUGUCCUUGCUCCUCUGCCUCUUGGACUGGUGCAUGGCGCUGCCUGUGAAUGCCCUUCUCCACCCUGUGUCCACGGCGGUCCUGGAGGAGCUGCACCCACCCCGGGCUCCCUUACUGGAUUAUAUAUACAGGGUUCUGCACUGCUGUGUCUGUGGCUCAAGCACAUACACACAGCAAAGUCACUACACUCUGACCUUGGCUGACUUGUCAUCCACGGAUUAUGACCCUUUCCUGCCUCUGGCAAAUGUGAGGAACUCCGAGCCAGUCCAGUACCAUUCAUCGGCAGACCUGGGGAACCUGCUCACUGUGGAAGAUGAGAAGAAGAGAAGAAGUGUGGAAUUGAUCCCCCUUACUGCACGGAUGGUGAUGGCCCACCUAGUGAACCACCUAGGCCACUAUCCACUGAGUGGGGGCCCUGCCAUGCUGCACAGCCUGGUCAGUGAGAACCAUGACAAUGCCCACGUGGAAGGUGCUGAGCUAUCCUCGGAGGUGUUCAGGAGCCCAAACCUGCAGCUCUUCGUAUUUAAUGAUAGCACCCUUAUCUCCUACCUUCAGACACCUGCAGAAGGACCAGAUGGAGGGACUUCAGGGGCUUCCCUUUCAGAUGUAAGAGUCAUUGUGAGGGAUAUCUCAGGCAAGUACUCUUGGGAUGGCAAGGUUUUAUAUGGACCUCUGGAAGGCUGCUUGGCACCCAGUGGAAGGAAUCCCUCAUUUCCAGUUUCUGGCUGGCAUCAACACACAUGCGGACCUCAGAAAGAUUUGUCUCACAGUGAGGAGGGAGAUGAUGCACUUGAUAAACUACUUGAAAACAUUGGCCAUACAAGCCCUGAAUGCCUUUUACCAUCACAACUAAAUCUCAAUGAGCCAUCCCCACCCCCAUGUGGGAUGAACUGUGACCAAGAGAAGGAAAUCAUUGAGGUCAUCCUGCGCCAGAGCAUACAGGAAGAUGAGUAUGUUCAGAGGUGUAACUCUAAUUCUGCAGUGAAGGUCACCAGCCAAGGGCAGCCCUCACCAGUGGAGCCUCGAGGACCCUUUUAUUUCUGCAGGUUGUUGCUUGAUGACCUGGGAAUGAAUUCCUGGGACAGAAGAAAGAAUUUUCAUUUGUUGAAGAAAAAUUCAAAAUUAUUGCGAGAGCUAAAGAAUCUGGACUCACGUCAGUGCCGCGAGACACACAAGAUAGCAGUGUUUUACAUUGCUGAAGGUCAAGAAGACAAGUGUUCCAUCUUAGCCAAUGAAAGAGGAAGCCAAGCAUAUGAAGACUUUGUUGCUGGUCUUGGAUGGGAGGUGGAUCUCUCAACCCACUGUGGGUUCAUGGGUGGUCUUCAGCGCAAUGGCAGCACGGGACAGACGGCCCCUUACUAUGCUACCUCAACUGUGGAAGUCAUUUUCCACGUUUCCACUCGGAUGCCGUCAGAUUCAGAUGAUUCACUCACCAAAAAGCUCCGUCACCUGGGGAAUGACGAGGUUCACAUCGUCUGGUCUGAACACUCCAGAGACUACCGCAGGGGUAUUAUCCCAACAGCCUUUGGAGACGUUUCGAUCAUUAUUUACCCAAUGAAGAAUCAUAUGUUCUUUAUCACGAUAACAAAGAAACCUGAGGUUCCGUUCUUUGGGCCUCUGUUCGACGGAGCCAUCGUGAGUGGGAAGCUGCUGCCAAGCCUUAUCUGUGCCACGUGCAUCAAUGCCAGCAGAGCGGUGAAGUGCCUCAUCCCACUCUAUCAGAGCUUCUACGAAGAGCGAGCUCUGUAUCUGGAAGCGAUAAUUCAGAACCACCGGGAAGUCAUGACAUUUGAGGAUUUCGCAGCUCAAGUCUUUUCUCCCUCUCCCAGCUACUCUCUCAGUGGAACGGAUUAAAGUACAGAGCUGUCUCAUUAUACUUGAGCAAGGGGUUUUGACCUCCUGUCUGAAUGUGAACCCCAAGAAAAUUCUCCACAUGGAAGACACAGGCAAGAGUCCCCUGCUUUACCCAGAACCCUCAGACCCAGGCUUCAGGGAACUGCCACUGUGCCAGCACGUGCAGCAAGCCUUCCCAUUGUUGGGCCCCCAAGGUCAGAAGUGAUCUGGUUUGUGUGAAACCUUCAAACAAGGCUGUGUCCUCUUGUCCUGGAAUCUCAUAAACCCUGGACUUCAGAAGAAGAAAAGAAGAAGUUGCCAUCAGUCAGGAACAAGCCUGCUGUCAUGUGGACAAUGGAGUAGUCUGGAGCCUCUAGGCGGAACACAGUAGCAAAAGGCUCAGGGCCCACAGGGAAGGGGCAGAGGGCACUUGUCUGCGUCCCCGAGUUGUUUUCCUGUCAUUUAUAUACCCAAGCUUGAUUCCCAAAAGGGCUGACAAAACAAUUGUGUAAUUGUUGGAGGGAUUUCCUCCAUAAUGAUUUUGCUAAUCCUUAUGUUAGGGUUUACAGUUUAAUUCAAACUUUUCAUCAUCAAAAUUUCAUCAUCAUGGAAACUGACUGUCCCCAGGGUUUUUUCCCACAGGAAGUUUUCACCUCCAUCAUUGAGCCUUUCUCCACCUGGUACCUGAGAGCCACUGACUUAGAUUUUCCUGGCAACAUAGUUCUGCCAGAUCUUGACAGUGAUGUUUCUCAUAGAGCGAUCAGAAGUGUCUGGAAAUAUAGGCCUGCCCACAUGAGAGCACUAAGCAGAUAUCUAGCAACCCUGCACAGGCCAGCUCAGCCCAGCCUAGCUUAGUUCAGCUCAGCCCUGCCCAGCUCAGAUCAGCCCAGAUCAGCCAUACCUAGCCCAGCCCUGCCCAACCUAGCCCUGCUCAAACCUGCUCAGUUCAGCCUAGCCCAGGCCUGCUCAGCCCAGCUCAGCCCAGUUCAGCCUAGCCCAGUCCUGCUCAGUCCUGUUCAGUCCAGCUCAGCCCAGCACCACCUACAUCAACACACAAGAUUAGUGCCUGUUCCAGCUCCAGGGUUGACCAGCACCCACAUUGUGUCCAGUGCCCCCCAAAAUCUCACUGGUAGUCUUCCUCCUACCUGUUGCUCAAAAACCAAGACAGGCCUUGGAAACAAUUCUUGUCACUUAAGUUUUAGGGUAACAGAUUCCAAGCUAUCUGUCUGUCUGUCUAUCUAUCUAUCUAUCUAUCUAUCUAUCUAUCUAUCUAUCUAUCUAUCUAUCUAUAUAAGCCUAUCUGACUCCAAGGAGAGUGUCUUGUACCUAUUAGGGAUGGGAGAGAGGGAAGGAGUUAAAUGCAUCUCUUGCUGGACAUCUUAGACCUUAGAAUACAGAACAACUAAGAGUCCGUUGACAGAGAAGACUUUUGUCCCCACUCCUCACCCUCUGCCCUGGCCCUAGCCCCAUCUCAGAGCUCCACUGUUGCUUCAUUCCCUGCUCUGCCUCAAAGCAAAACACAUAAAUUGCAGCAGAGGCCACCCCUUACUGCCUGGCUCUGCUCCAUGAGGCCAUUUCCCAGUGCAUGUGUCUAGGGUGACCCCCUUCCCUCCUACAGGAAGCAGCUAUAGACUGUAGCCUGCAGGGGCUCAGGCAUUGGAAGGAAAGUCCUGAUAUGGCCACCUCUCUACUUUCCUCUGCCCUCUACAUGUUUCUCCUAGCCUACUUUGUUGUUCCUCUGAGUCUGCAUAUGCCAUCAGUGUCCAUUCUCCCAGAGAAGCCAGCCUUUUCCAUCUACUGUAGAGUUGAUUUGAUAGAGAAAGGGGCAGAGCCAGAAACCAGGCUUAGUAUUGAAGUGAGUGAGAAUUGUGAGAACACCUUCCAUCUGCAGGGACCAUACAUUCACGUGCUUUGAAGGGAAUUCCGCAGCCUUCCAUCUUCCAGACCUGACUCCUGCAGAAAGCACAGCAGCCCCUGCAGCUCUUUCAGCAAGUAGCCUCUGCAAGAACUGCAUAGACAGACCCUGUUGUGGAAUGCUUGUCAUUUUGGAAGUCCUCUAUUUUUGUUUUUUUUUCCCCAGUGGCAACAGAACCCAGGGCCACAACCCAGGCCCCAGAGGUCCUUUUUAACUCCCCCAGCCUUCUGUUUAUAAUUUUAUGUGCUUCUACAAGCCAACACUCCCAGACUUUGAGUGAGAAAUGCAAUUGGAAUUGAAUUUGGAGGUACCAAAUAAUUUGACCUUGUUGUAACCUAAUGUCCUGGGUAGAAACAGUUUAUGUCUGUUUAUGUUUUCAAGGUCCUUAGGUUGGUAAAGGCUCUGGUUAGAGACUUAGGCUUAGGGAGUGGGGACUCUGGCAACCAUGUUUGGUUGGAUUUAGCAGUUCUUGUUAUUUGGGGUGGAAAAUUGAAAUUACCAAGUUUGCUGUUUCUUUUUUUUCAGUUGGAAAAGCAAAUAUUGUGUUUUCAUAAUAAAUGUGUUUUAGCAAAAUUGCUAAGGGUCACUCAUCUGGUAGUGACCCUCCAGAGAGCCACUCGUCACAUUAGUAUUAGUAGGUCAACCAUCUGUAAUCAAAGUGGCCCUAAUUACUCCAAAGUGUUAUAAGACUCUCUGGGUUCCUGCAGGGUCUGGCCAGUGCCCUUACUUCUUGGCAUGCUGAUUGCCGGAUUUUCUUAAAGAGGGAAACUGAUGUUUAUAGUCUUGUUGAUUAGACUUUUAUGCUUUUAAAAAAUAGUAAUCCUACAAAAUUAUGACUUUUUAAAAAUAUCCAGACCUUCAG